UCUUCAGUCGGGUCAGAGGUGAGUGUGCGCGCCCUCGAUGCAUCCACUGUGUUGAAGAAGGAGCAGUUCCGCGAGAAACAAAAGUUAUCAAAAACUAAAACUACUUGGUUGAGGGGAUUUUGGUUACAUCAGUCAAGUAAAGCUACAAAACACAGUAGAAGUUCACUGUGGAUUCUACGUCAAGUAGCUCGCCGACUAUCGUUAGCUUAUUGAUUAGCCUGGCUAACGUUGUUAGCCACAUUAGCUGGCUAAUGAAGAAUUUACUGAGUGGUUUAAGUAAGAGCUAACGCAACUAACAGAAGUAUAUAUUUCUCGGACUGGCUUUUGACAGGGAAUACUGAAGCAAACAUGCAGGACUUACUAGCUAACGUGGAUCACAUCAAGUUUGACCUGGAGAUCGCCGUGGAGCAGCAGCUAGGCGCCCAGCCGCUGCCUUUCCCCGGCAUGGACAAGUCCGGGUCUGCUGUGUGUGAAUUCUUCAUGAGGGCAGCUUGUAUGAAAGGUGGAAUGUGUCCAUUCCGUCACAUCAGUGGAGAGAAGACUGUGGUGUGUAAGCACUGGCUCAGAGGACUGUGUAAGAAAGGAGACCAGUGCGAGUUUCUUCAUGAGUACGACAUGACCAAGAUGCCUGAAUGCUACUUCUACUCGAAGUUUGGUGAAUGUAGCAACAAAGAAUGCCCGUUCCUGCACAUUGAUCCAGAGUCCAAGAUCAAAGACUGUCCCUGGUAUGACCGAGGCUUCUGUAAACACGGUCCUGACUGCAGACACAGGCACACAAGAAGGGUGAUCUGUGUAAACUACCUUGUAGGAUUCUGCCCAGAAGGAAAAUCCUGUAAAUUUAUGCACCCUCGUUUUGAGUUACCUAUGGGAGCUUCUGAACAACCUCCUCUGCCACAGCAAACUCAGAAUCAGACAAAGCCUGUGCCUACUAUCGGCCGCUCGUCCCUCUCUCUAAUCCAGCUGACCAACUCCAGUAUAGGCCAGCGGCCACAGAACCACAUGGUGACUCCUGUUUCUCAUCAAAACAACAUGUCUGCCAACAGAGGCCCUCGACCACUGGACCAGGUCACCUGUUACAAGUGUGGUGAGAAAGGCCAUUAUGCCAACAAAUGCACUAAAGGACAUCUUGCCUUCCUGAGUGGACAGUAAACUUCAGCCUCAGGAUCCAAAUAUUGCAGCGCUGCCUUCGCUGACUGAUAAGAGCAGAGGAUGGGUGAAGCAGCUGAACAGAGGCAGCCAUUCUGCUCCACAGGUUGAAAGACUUUAAGUGCUGCUCUCGUGUUUGUCCAUUCUGGGUGAUUUUGUACAAAGGCAGCAAGAAAUACAAAGGAUGCUACUUAAAUUGUUGCCUCUUAAAAACUGGAUUCAUGCAAAUAAGAAGAAUCACAAAGCACACUGAAGUUAUUAUCUCUGUGGCCGUGGUCAGAAAACCUGUCAACUGAUGUCACCCACACAGGGUCCAAACUGCUGCAAGCAUCUGUGGAGAAAUGCUGUGCUUCAACGUGUUCCUGGGUCACAUGGCUAUAUUAAUAAUACCAAACCAUUGCUUCUGUCUGACAGUUUAAGUUAAAUCCAAAUGAUAGAAAUGGAAGUACAAACCUAAAACUGGUGUCAUUUAUGUUCAGACUACAAUGAAUAAUCAGAUCAAACACAACCCUGUAGUGGCUUGUGCUUAAUUUUAGCCCAAGGGUGGGAUCUUGUUCAGCCACACAGCAUUACACAAUGUUGAAUUUCAGGUGAUCCCACCACAUACAUGUCUGCUUUUAAAUGCUAGAAAUGAUUAAUCAUUAUGCUUUGAAUACAGACUGUUAUUUUUUUAACUAGACAAAUAGGAUCUGAAGCAGUAUGGUCAGCUCAAAGUGAAUCUGGAGGGAAAAAAAAAACUUGAGUCAGUAUGAACAUUCGGUCUGUACAGUGUACAAAUAAACAUGUCAGAUUUAACUAGUAUUUGUUUUCAUGGUGAUGUGAGAGUGAGGUACUGUAACAAUGAACACAGGUCAAUUUUAGAUGUAG